GGAUAUGGUUGGUCAGUUGAAGAGGUGUGUGUGUGCAGGUCUACCUCCCUCAGAGAUGCACGAGAAACACAGGAGCAGCCUUGCAGCACCCCUCCCACCCCACAGACGAGCUGUGGUAAUUCCUCUCCUGGACCAGGAACAAGGAGUGGUCAUCUCAGUCUUACUGGUGGGCUGUAAACCGCUGAGUGAUCAAGACGAACAACACCUCAACACUCUGGAGAAACAUCCCCACAAUACACUGCUCCGGCCCGACCCCACAGACUACUGUGACCUGGACCGCAAGAUUCUACAGCUGUGUGGUGAGCUGUAUGACCUUGAUGCAACUACUCUUCAGCUCAAAGUAAUCAAUUAUUUGCAGCAGCAGACCCAGUCUCAGUGCUGCUGUCUGCUACUGGUGUCUGAGGACAACCACCAGCUCUUCUGUCAGGUGGUUGGAGACAAAGUUCUGGAGGAGGAGAUCAGCUUCCCUCUGAUGUUUGGGCGCUUUGGGCAGGUGGUGGAGAAGAAGAAAUCCAUCACUCUUCAGGACGUCACUGCGGAGGAGCGUAGACAGCUAUCCAGUAUGCUGGGCAGUGAGGUGUCCUCUCUGCUAUGUGUCCCUGUGGUCAGCAGAGCCACUGGCCAGGUGGUGGCACUAGCCUGCGCCUUCAACAAACAGGGAGGACAGAGACACACGGAGGUGGAUGAACAUAAGAUCCAGCACUGCUUCUGUUACACCUCCACUGUCCUCACCUCCACACUGGCCUUCCAGAAAGAACAGAAACUCAAAGUGGAGUGCCAGGCACUGUUACAGGUGGCCAAGAAUCUCUUCACACAUCUGGAUGAUGUCUCAGUGUUGUUGCAGGAGAUUAUAGUGGAGGCCAGGAACCUCAGUGAUGCAGAGAUUUGCUCUGUGUUCCUACUGGAUCAAGUCAGCCAUGAGCUGGUUGCCAAGGUUUUUGAUGGGGGCGUGGUCAGUGAUGAUGAGAAGGAGUUCCGUAUCCCUGCAGACCAGGGCAUAGCGGGUCAUGUAGCUAUGACUGGGCAGAUCCUGAACAUUAAGGAUGCGUACUCACACCCUCUGUUCUACCGAGGAGUGGACGACAGCACCGGUUUUAGAACACGCAACAUCCUCUGCUUCCCCAUCAAGGACGAGAACAACGAGGUUAUUGGGGUGGCUGAGUUGGUCAAUAAGACUAAUGGACCAUGGUUUAACCGCUUCGAUGAGGACCUGGCCACUGCUUUCUCCAUCUACUGUGGAAUCAGCAUCGCACAUUCUCUUCUGUAUAAGAAGGUCCAUGAAGCUCAGUUCAGAUCCCACCUGGCCAACGAGAUGAUGAUGUACCACAUGAAGGUAUCAGCGGAGGAGGUGGCCCAGCUGUUGGUAACUGGGCUGGAGCCAGUGGAAGAGAUUCAUCCCUUAUUUGCUGAGUUCACCUACACACCCCGCUCACUACCUGACGACAACACACCCAUGGGCAUCCUGAGUAUGUUUGAGGACAUGGGCUUCAUCAACGCCUAUAAGAUUGACCUGCACACUCUGGCCAGGUUCUGUCUGAUGGUAAAGAAGGGUUACAGAGAUCCUCCCUAUCAUAACUGGACGCACGCCUUCUCAGUCUCUCACUUCUGUUAUCUCCUCUACAAGAACCUGGGCCUGGCCAACUACCUGGAGAAUAUAGAGAUCUUUGCUCUCUUUGUCUCCUGUAUGUGCCAUGACCUGGACCACCGUGGGACUAACAACUCCUUUCAAGUGGCCUCACAAUCUGUCCUGGCUGCCCUCUACAGCUCAGAGGGCUCUGUGAUGGAGCGACACCACUUUGCCCAAGCCAUAGCCAUUCUGAACACCCACGGCUGCAACAUCUUCGACAAGUUCUCCAGAAAGGACUACCAGAGGAUGUUGGACUUGAUGAGGGAUAUCAUCCUGGCCACUGACCUGGCUCACCACCUUCGCAUCUUCCCCGACCUGCAAAGGAUGGCUGACGCUGGCUACAAUCCCAAAAAUCAGACCCACCGUUCUCUGCUGCUGUGUCUGCUGAUGACCUCAUGCGACCUGUCGGACCAGACCAAGGGCUGGAAGACCACCCGCAAGAUCGCUGAGCUGAUCUAUAAAGAGUUCUUCUCCCAGGGGGAUCUGGAGAAGGCGAUGGGGAAUCGUCCCAGUGAGAUGAUGGACAGAGAGAAGGCCUACAUCCCAGAGCUACAGAUCAGCUUCAUGGAACACAUCGCCAUGCCCAUCUACAAGCUGCUGUCAGAGCUGUUACCAGGGGCAACCGAGCUGUAUGAGCGUGUAGCGACCAAUCGAGUACAGUGGACCAAAGUCUCCCACAAGUUCAGCGUCCGUGGGUUGCCUAGCAACAAUAGCCUCGACUUCCUGGAUGAAGAGUAUGAAUUGCUGCAAUCCCAGGGUGCACUUGGGGAUGACAGCCACUGCGAUGACACCCACUGCCUCAACGGUUGCCUGGAUGAGGGGGGCGGAGGGAGGGGCCUGUAA